CCAAGAUGGUUUAUGAAGRUGGAAAACGRUGAAAUAUCUUCUAGAUGACUCAAAUAAUUGUYAAGUUCGUCCCUUUCUGUGAUCGUUCAAAUUGGCCUUAGACUUAACAGGAUGGAUAUUAUUCAGACAACGCAGGUGCGAGGAGUACGUCUUAAGUCCAAGUUCAAUAAAGCUAGAGGAAACCUAUAUGUGACRACUACACACUUAAUUUUUGUUGAUCCUGAUUGUGCAACUGAAACAUGGAUUCUYCAUUCUCAUAUUUCUAAUUUAGAGAAGCUUCCCCUAACUGCUGCUGGUUCMCCAUUAAGAAUUCGYUGCAAAACAUUUCAAGAUGUGACUAUUAUUAUUCCCAAGGAAAAAGAAUGUCAUGAUGUUUAYGCUGCAAUGUUACAUUUCUCUAACCCAGAAAAAAUACAAGAUCUGUAUGCAUUCUCCUAUUCACCACAGACUGAGAAACUCACAAGGUCUGCUGGAUGGGCACUAUUUGACAUAAAGUCAGAAUAUGCCAGAAUGGGUGUACCAUCUGAAUUAUGGACUUCAUCUCCAAUCAACCAAGAUUACAAGAUUUGUGAGACAUAUCCAAGUGUAUUAUUUGUCCCAACUACUGCUUCAGARGAUACAAUUUAUGGAAGUUCAAAAUUCCGCAGCAGAGGAAGAUUYCCAGUUUUAUCAUUUUAUCAUAAAAAUACAAAGGCAGCCAUUUGUAGAUGUAGUCAACCUUUAGGAGGAUUUAAAGGACGGUGCCUAGAAGAUGAAAACAUGAUCAAAGAAAUUCUUAACUCAAAUCCUGGAUCUAAGUUUCUCUAUAUUGUUGACACAAGACCAAAACUUAAUGCAAUGGCUAACAGAGCAGCUGGCAAAGGMUAUGAAAGUGAAGAUUUCUAUGAAAACGUGAAAUUCCAGUUUGUYGGAAUUGAAAAUAUUCAUGUCAUGAGACAAUCUUUAUAUAAGAUGUUGGAUGUUGUUAGUGAUAGUSCUAAAAUGUCAAUGAGUGGAUUUUUAAAUGGACUGGAAGCCAGUAAUUGGUUAAAACACAUCAAGUCUGUCAUGGAUACCUCUGUGUUUAUUGCAAAGGCUAUUAUCACAGAAAAGGCCAGUGUUCUUGUUCAUUGUAGUGAUGGCUGGGAUAGGACAGCUCAGACAUGCUCACUUGCUAGUAUUAUCCUUGAUCCAUAUUACAGAACCAUUCAUGGGUUCCAGGUAUUGGUUGAGAAAGAAUGGUUAUCAUUUGGACAUAAAUUUACAGACAGAUGUGCACUUCUUCAAUCAGACCAGAARGAAUUUUCCCCAGUGUUUCUCCAGUUCCUAGAGGCUGUCUGGCAAAUGAUACAACAAUUUCCAUUUGCAUUUCAAUUUAAUGAAAGAUUUCUUUUGACACUUCAUGACCAUGUGUAUUCAUGYCAGUUUGGUACAUUUUUAGGCAACUGUGAAAGAGAACGAAAAAUGCUAAAGUUGUCAACAAAAACCUACUCUCUAUGGGGAUACAUGUGGCAAAAUAUUAGUGAUUAUGCAAAUCCUAUACACAAAGAAAUGGAAUGUGAGAUAUGGCCUGACACGUCACCACAAUCACUCAAGUUUUGGAGAGCCAUGUAUAACCGCUAUGAUAAUGAUGUACACCCGCGUGAAACCCUUGCUGACUCUUUAAGCAGCAUUAUAGACCAUAAUGAUUCAUUAAAAGAUCACAUAAAACUAUUGAAUAAGCGUAUUGAAUUAUUAAAAAAGCUCAAGAGCCAUUCAGCAGCCAAAKUACCAAAUGGACCUGCAACAAGCCAUGCAAAAACAGAAGAGACCUUGAACAGUAUUAAUCCAGAACUUUUAAACAAAAUGAGUAUAAACAGUGAAGUAGUUUCAGUCACACAAGCUACAGCUGAAGAACAACUUCCACAAGAUUUGAAAACAGAUCUUAAACGACAAGGAAUGUCACUGAAUGAUCUGCUUAAUGAUGUUCCUUCRAUUGCUGUGCAAUGGAAAUCUGUAAGAGAUGUUUCGCAGUGUUCAUCAUGUGCUGCUCCUAUAGCAUUUCUUAGUAGAAAGACAGUUUAA